AUGAAUGUCGACCUGUUGUCCCGGGCUGACAAUGAUUACUUCAAGGACGACCCAUUCGCCAAGGAUGAUCUCAACUGGGAUGCCAACUUGGAUAAAUUUGAUGAUUUGGCAAGUUUUCUUGAUGUUGAGGCCAAUGUUGCAUCUGACGAACUCAUGAAACAGCUUCCAGAUGUUGACUUUGAUUUGCCUAUGCUACCAGAUGACACAAGUGACCUCUUCAAGUCUGACCUUGACCCCUGGAAUGACCUUGGUGGGGAUUCCUCUUCAGACAGUGGCAUCAGUGGCUCGGGAUCCAGUGUGAAGCAGGAACCAUUGUCUCCUUCAUUCUCCCACAGCUCAGAUGAUGGCUCCCUUGAUUCCUUCUCAACACAGACUAUCAAUGAUGUCAUCCCUCAUAUACCACCUAGCGACGUCUGCGUCAAAGCAGAAGAACUACCAGGUGGCAGCACCUGUACCAGCCAACCAUUCCUCAUCAGCCCGACAACCCUCCAGGGGCUCAACAAAAAUAUAAACAUUUUACCUGCGGGUAAUAUCGUUACUUCUCAGCCACAGAAUGUGAUCACGAACGGUUUAAACAGUGCUGUGAAAAGCAACAUUACACAGAAUGGAAAUACAAUUGUUAUUACCACAAACUUAGCAGAUUUAAACGGGACGCCAGCCAAUAAGAAGAUGAAAUUGCAACCUAAACCAGUGCCUUUAAUACAGCCUAAAACAGUAUUGAAUACAACUAAUAAAGCCCAAUGCACAACUAAACCCCUUGUAUUGACACCAGAAGAGUUCACACGUCUGACUCAGCAAGGAUUGCUCAAGUUUCAACCUCCACCACAGGAGAGUAAACCACCAGCUCCACCUGCUGGCAAAAUGUUAAUUCAAGCCACGUCUCAAAAUCAUAAUGAAAAUGAUCUCAAAGUUGUCAAGCGGCAACAAAGAAUGAUUAAGAAUAGAGAAUCAGCCAGCUUAUCCAGAAAGAGGAAAAAAGAGUAUGUAGGCAGCUUAGAAGAAAGACUGGCUCAGAGUUAUGAAGAAAACCAACGUCUUAAAGAAGAGAAUGACAAACUAAAACAAAGGCUGUCUGUACUUCAAGGAGAGAAUGAGAUGUGGAAGCGGUCAUUCCCGAAUAUUAGUAAAACAAAAGCAACUGUAGUUCUCACAAUUAUGUUAAUGGUCGGUCUCAACUUAGGUCCACUCACAGAUAUAUUCAGCAACUCAAGUAACACUAAUAGUGGUUUAAGUGCAAUAUCUCCUGGCAGUAAAGUUCAUGUAAAUCAUCAGGGGCGCCAUCUAAUGUCUGUUCCUGAAGAGCCAUCAUAUCCUAACAUCUCUGAGUUUGUAAACGUCCAUAGCCCACAAGAGAGGGGAGACCUUAUGUGGAUCAAUUCUAGUAUUGUUCCCGACUCACAGCUCUGCCCGUUAUACUUCAAUAAAACUGAAUCUCUAAGAUUAGCCAAUGAGCUUACAGGAUGGGUGGAGCGUCAUAAAGAGCUGAAGAAAAAAGAGCGUCAAGAAAAAGAACGCAUUCAGGUGGAGAAGGAGCGCCUCUUGGCACAGAGAGUGCGAAAAUCUGAGAAGAAGAAGAAACUGAAAGUUCGACCACUCAGGAAGCUACGAGCUGCAAUGGAUGGACAGAUGGACCAGCAGCUUAUUCAUACCAGUGGAGGUGAUGGACAAUACUCAGUGCAGGUGUUCAAUGGACGUGACAACUAUCUUGACUUCCUGGACUCUAUACACAGGAGAAAUGACACUUUCUAUGUGGUCUCCUUUAAUAAGGACCACCUGCUUCUCCCAGCCACAGCCCAUAAUAAGACUAUGCGGCCAAGGAUGUCACUUGUUGUACCUACUGUUGCUUCAUUAAAUGAAACAAUGGCGCCACCUGCAGGAAGUAUCGCAAUGAUCCAGAUAGACUGUGAAGUGAUGAACACGCGCCUACUGCACAUCAAGGAGUCUGUCAUACCAGCGUACAUGAGGGAGAACAAUGCAACAUUCCAUCAUAAAGCAUCACCAUAGUAACAGAAAUCAUAUAUCAUUAAUCUCGUCAUACUCGGCUUCAUCAGUCUGCCAUAUAUGAAUGAUCAGAGUGCCAUCUAUUCUACAUGUGUUUCACUCACAUUUGGGUUCACUUGACCCAUAUUUUCUCUGGAUUAGAAAUUCAUAUCAUUUUUCCAUUCAUGUUUAUACUCUUAAGAUCUUCCAAGAAAGUUUUUUAAUUUUUAACAGAAACAGCCUUGUGUACUGCAAGACUCCAAAGACCAGAUAUUGUGUUCUUAUUUCUUAGAGGUUAAGGUGUAUAGAUAAUGCACAAGUAAGCCUAUUCUUAUAGAGACAUCUGACAUGGCUUUUUAAAAAUGUUUGUCAUUCGCUCAUAUUUCCGUAGUAAGAUACAUAUAUAGCUUGUGUAGCAUUGAAGACAAUCUCUCGUUUAAGUUUUGGUGUAUAUCAAUUUAUUAUACCAUCCCCUUUUGACAGUUAUGUGAAUUAUAUGUAUUUCAUACAUAUGCAUGAUACAGUGUAUAUAUGACAUUUAUACUGUCACUCCUCAUUAACAGGGAGUAGGUUAGGUGAAAGUUCACCCUCAAUAUGGUAUCCUUGUCAUAAAAAAGAUAACAUGUUGUAUGUAUAUAAACAUAGUAAGGGUACUAUCAGAGACAGGGUUUACAAACCAUAUGUGCCUUUUUGGUGGGUUGAAAGAUUUCAUUCAAAAUCUUUUUCUGAUUUUUCUGACAUUUCACUACCAUUUAGUGUUUUUCCUUUUUUCCAUUUUUAUUGCUUGUUUUUCAUCUUUUUUCAUUAUAUUGGAGAGAAAUGCCAGGAGCAGAACAGAAAUGUAUGUAAAUGCUGACAGUACAUAGUGUCCACAUUGGGACAUUUUACGUUCGUUAAUAGGUUACAGAUAUUUGAAAUGUGUUCCACUUAUGGAGAUGUUCCACUUAGAGAGGUUUAUGGGUUUUACUGUACUCCAUGGAUAUAUUGGCUUGUAUGUUGCAGUUAGCUUUCUCUCAAGUACAUAUCUGAUUGAUUUUUUACUUAUUUUUGAUCGCUGAUGUACACCUAUAAUGUAUAUCAAAAUGAAAGAUCAACAUUUUCUGUGACAGUAUGUAUGGGUGUCAUUCAAAAAGUUAUGAUAAUGAAUAUGCAGUUUUAAAUCACCACCAAUCUGUCAAUUCUUGAGUCAUCAGACUUUUCUUGUUCCUGUAACUUUUUGAAUGAUUCUCAAAUUUGCAAUGUGGAAUGACAUUUUGCCAAAUAUAUUUGUUGUAUUGAAAAUGCAACAAUCAACUGCAAAUGAUUGAUAUAAAGAUAUUUGUUUGACUAUUUCUUUUAUAAAAGUUUUCAUACAAUUACUGCACUGUACUUUGUACUUUUAAUGAAUGAACAUUAACCAAAUCUAACGAAGUAACCAGCUGGAAGUAACUUAAGUGUACUUAGUACUUAUAUGGAAUGAAUAUAACCAAAUAUAUCAAAUGAAGUAAAUAUAAUGAUUAAUAUAAAAUUUGUAAAUAAAAAUAUUAUAUACAGAACAGAAAUACUAUAUACUGUAGAUUUUAGAAUUUAUAUGUAGUAUUCACUAAGGUUCGGGAUAUUCACUUAUGUGAACUUUAUGAAUAGAAUUUGUAUUGUGUGGAGAGGCGCAAUAUGUAAUGCUAAUGUAAAAAUCUUUAAGUUUUGUUUAUAUGUUAGGUUAUUGGCCCAAGGAAUGUAUCCUAAAUAUUCUUUAAUGAGCCCUAAUGGUUUAUCAAGUGUCAGGAUUUGGUCCUGAAAUGAGAGAUAACGAUGUAGAUGUUACUGUUAGAAUUCUUGAAGUUUGACUUUUUAUCACACUUUUUUAAAGUGCUCUAUAUUAUUGUCAUCUUGUUCAUAGAGAAGUGUAUGUUAGGGAAUUUGUGCAAUAUCAGCUGUUGGAUUUAGCAUCAUAAUUUGAAAAACAUGUACCACUGUUAGGUAUUUUGAUGAAAGUGUUGUUUUCUUUUACUUUAUUUUUGAUGUGGUUAGAAAAAAUAUUUAACUCAGUCAAGUGCAAAGUCCCAAGAAUAUAAAAUCAAGGAAAAACCAAAUAUGUGGCAUGUAAAUUAAUGGAUUUCAAGGGUUAAUUAGCAUAAUUCUUGGGUCAUUGCGGAAGGCUGUUUUAAUCCUGAAAUUCUCAUGAGAGAAUUUUCAUCUGAAGUUGUGUAAUUAUAAGUAUGUCAUUGUCAACACAUUACUUAUUCGAGAUACCAUGAUACAUUAAAUUAUUACAAUAAUUAGCCUUUAGUGUAUCACGGAACCUUUAAUACUUAUAUGAUUAAUUUUGAUGUUAAAGGUGUUGAUUUAGAUAUUUUGGAAUUCAUGUGCUGGAAAACAGUCUUCAAUUUCAUCAUUCCAAAUGGACUGUUGAAUGCAAUCUCGCCAUUUUUCAAGAAAAGAUUAUUUGAAUGAUAAAAUAUUCAGCAGAUAUGUAUUUUUUAAAAGUUGUAUCUAAAUAUACUUUCGGCUCAUGCUGUUCAUUUUCACUUUUGUUAUUAGCAAUUUGUUAUUGUUGUUAACUAUGUUAACUUGUAUUUAUUCAAGAUGGCAAUCUUACAUAUUCUCAAAUCGACUAAGUGCUGAUUUGAAAAAGUUAGUUAUGAACUUAUGAUUGUAUAACUUUUAGUUUUCACUUCUCUUAGUUUUCACCAUAUAUCAUGUGGAGAAAUAUUACUAGAUUAAUGAAGUAAAUGUAUGUCAAUUCCCAUUAUCUGAUCACAAACAUUCUUAACAAGAUCUAGAAAUGUUUUUCUAAAUUAACCUUUUGACUCUCUGAUGACAGUUUAAUUGUAAAACAGUCUAUUUGAAUCUUAACAGUGAAACAAACAGUCAGUUUGUGAUAAAGUGAUAUUUUGAAGACCUUAUGUGAGCGUCUCAAACAAGAUGACCUUAUAUGGUCAUAUAUAAAGCAAACCCCUAUAAGCCUAAAAAUUUAUGGAUAAAAAAAUAUUCAAUCGUUAGUAAUAGUCAUUCUAGUAGUACAUCUGCACUAUUAUUAUUAAUUGUAAAUUAAAUUAUUUUCUUGCUUGGGUAGUGAUAUAAUUUUGCUAUAUUUUGCAUGGUAUUGUAAUAUGUGAAAAUGAAUGGUUUAUUGUAAAAUAAAUACUUAAACUUUGAAAGCUAAUUAACGAUAUUGUUGUUUCUACAAUACUUGAUCACUUGGAAGUA